UGAUAGUGGAAAGAUAUACAAGGGCUCCCGUACCGAGCCUACCUCUUGUAUUUAAAGCUGCAGGUUACAUAACACUCCAAUGUAACCAACAAAUUGUAAAUCAAGAAAGCUCACACUAUUUAGAGAAAAUGGCCAAGUUAGUCGCUGUGAUAGUUGGAGCGAUUUGUGUGCAAUGCUUGUUUGCGCUGCCAUCACCGGGCCGAAAUGAUUUGGUGUGGCGACGGAAUCAAAAGUCUGCGACUCCGUUGAUUGUUGGCGGUGAAGAGGCGCUGCCCAACGAAUUUCCGUUCAUGGUGUCGAUGCAAUCGCUGGCAGUCGGCGGGACCUACAAUCACCGAUGUGGCGGGGCAGUUAUUAACGAGCGCUGGGUCGUUAGCGCAUCUCAUUGCACCGAAAAUGCUUUAGUUGGUGCCACCAGGAUAGCUGCCGGUGAGCACAGUUUGUCUACCACAAGCGGCUUUGAACAAUUCAGCGAUGUCGAAAAGUUUGUUAUGCAUCCAAAUUAUGACACGGUUACAUUGGAAAACGACAUUGUCUUGAUUAAGUUAAUUACUCCUCUUGAUUUCUCUUCGGGGAAAGUCAGCCCAAUUUCGCUUCCGGCCAUGGGCCAAGAAACUGCCGCCGGAACCAACGUUACCGUUACAGGCUGGGGCAAUCUCGAAUUUAACAAUCCUAAUCGACCGGACGUGUUGAAUAAAGUCGGGAUCCCAACCGUUUCGGACAUGGAAUGUCGGCGAUCGUACGGGCCGAUCGACAUGUUUGAUUCUUUCAUCUGUGCAGGAGUCCCAGAAGGAGGGUUGGAUUCGUGUAACGGUGAUUCAGGAGGGCCGCUUUUUACCAGCGAUCCGCAGCAAUUGAUUGGCAUCGUCUCGUGGGGCAAAGAUUGCGCUUUACCCGGUUACUAUGGCGUCUAUACGGAAGUGUCUUAUUUCUCCGACUGGAUUGCUGCCACCAUCGCUGCUGCUGAUGCUCAUUAGCAUGAUUAUUAUUAUCAUCCCGCCCAAUAAGCCAAAAAGCGGAACAGCAGCCCGUUGAAUGCGCAAUUUUCUUCGAGUGGCUUAUCAAUUGGUUAUAUCGUGUGUGGCAUUAUAUUCCUUGAAUUCUUAUUAAAAGCUGGCUUAUUAUAAUUUUUAGAAAUGAUACAUUAAGUCACCCAAUACGAAAUUAGAAAAAGUGAAAGUAUUA